AUGAACAGAAGAAAGCGCGUCGCCGACGCGGAACCCGAGAAAGAUGUUGCAUCCACUUCGGCUGGUGUCAAGAAGCGAAAAGGACGAAUGACGUUGGCGGAGAAGGAGAAACGCGAUUUCGAGCUCGCGAAAGGAACGUACGUCAUGUCGAAACUUCGUCGCCACCGAAACACCGCCGGCGACGAUUCGGUAUUCGAGAGUUUUCUCCGCGUACCGUCACGUCGUCUCGAACCAGAAUACUAUGAGAAGGUCAAGGAGCCGAUUGAUAUCACCACUAUUCAGCAUAAACUCAAAAAUCCAGAUUAUUCGACGUAUGACGAGUUUAAGAAGGAUUUCGCCAUGUUUAUCAAGAAUAAUUUGGCUUAUUAUCAGAAAGGCUCCGAUGAGCACAAGGAUAUGCUGAAAAUCCAGGAUCUCUACAAGACGACAUGCGAAAAAGUGGAUUCCGGCGAGUAUCUGGAUGAUCAAGACGUCGACGAUACUCCAGGUGCUCCCGUAGACAGCGAUAUUGAAGACGUGACACCAGAAGAAUCGGAAGGGGCGGAGACUGGUGGAGAAUCAUCGCGUGACGUCACUCCAAUGGAAUUAGACGAUUUCAUGUUGUGUGAUUUAUUGGGUGCCGUACUGGAAGCCACUGAUUCCUCAAAUCGAAUUCUGUGUCCACCGUUCCGAGUGCUUCAAUCAAGAGAGGAUUUCCCACAGUAUUAUGAGAAAAUCGCGAAACCGAUCGAUCUGAAAACGAUCGCUCAGAACGGGAAGCAACAUAAGUAUGCGACGAUGUCACAACUCAAAGAUGAUCUCUUUCUUUUAUUCAAAAACGCUCAACAAUUCAGUGGAAAAGGAUCGGAUAUCUGGAAAGACGCAGAACAAUUGAAGCAAAUUGUGAAGGAUAAAAUUGCGAAGAUCGAGGAGAAAGGAGUUCAUCCGAUGCGGAAAGCCAAAUCGAUUCGACUCGUUGACGCGUUGCUCACCGCCGUCGCAGUUAAUGACAACUUUUCGGAGGAUUCUGAAGAGGAUGAGGAGACGGAGAAUAAUGAGGAACCGAUGUGGAGAUUGUAUUGGACGAUACGGAAUGCGGCGGAUGAGAAGGAUCAAAGUGUCACUCUUGCUGAUAACUUUUUGGAAUUGCCUAGCAAAGAACAAUACCCCGACUACUACGAUGAGAUAAAGCAGCCCGUGUCGAUAUUCAUGAUCAAUAAACGACUCAAAAACGGUCAAUACGAUUUCAAGACGCUCGUCGCCGACCUAAUGACAAUGUAUUCCAACGCAUUCGAGUAUAAUCUCGAAUCUUCUGAAGUCUGCGUCGCCGCUCAGAAGUUGAAGACGUUGACAAUUGCCACGUGUAAACAGUUGACUCCGUCAUUCGAUAUGUCUCAAUACGAACCCGCACCGGCUAGUUUGACGCCUCAGAAGCCAAAAGCGACGCCGCAUAGACGUCAGAUCAAGAUUGAGAUGCCUGACACGGAUUCGGAGGAUUCUAGAACGCCACCACCUUCGCACAAACGAAAAUCGCCGAAAAAACAACGUCUGGAUGCGAAUGGACAGCCUAUCUCGACAUCCACUGCCGGCUAUAAGGGAGGACGCAAAUCGUUCUCUUCCAUCGACCCGAAUGCUGCAUUUAUGAAGCAGAAGGGCAUGAUGCAGGCCUUGUGGAAUGUUAUUCAUCAGUAUAGAAUCCCGGGAAACGCGAGCUACUGGCCAGCCGGGGCGUUCAUCGAACUUCCAUCAGCCAAACAAUAUCCAGAAUACUAUCAAAUAAUUCAAAAUCCGAUCGAUAUGAAACUGAUUCGUCACCGUAUCGACACUCAUCAGUAUCCACAAGUCGAUGCAAUGAUUGCCGAUUGUCGUCUGAUGUUUUCGAAUGCAAGAGAUUUCAACGAGCCGAGUUCUCAUAUUCAUAUGGAUGCAAUUCAGUUGGAGAGACAAGUCCUACGUGCUUACGAGGGAAUGAGGAAUCAGAUGCAACAUGGAGGAGGAGCAGGAAUUCCACAGCCAUACAAUAUUCCGCCGACUUCUAUGCCAACGACUCCACACUCGUCGUCUUCUAGUUUGAAUAUGAUGAAAUUAAAAACGCCAAAAGUGGAAACACGCGGUCGCAAGAAGAAGUAUCCAGAUGAGAUUGACGAAGAAGAGCUCGCCCGGAUUCAAUUGCAACAACAAGAACGUCGAAUGGAAGAGGCGAUUGCUCAAUUGCCAAUAGAAGAGCAGAAGAUGUGGAGACUAUUCAAAUCAAUGAAAGACGUCCGAGAAGAGGGAACGAACCGCCCGUUGGCAGUGAAUUUCAUGAGACUUCCGACGAAAGAAGAGUUUCCAGCGUACUAUGACGUCAUCAAGAAGCCAAUGGAUAUGAUGAGAAUUAAGGCGAAAUUGGAGAAUCGACAGUAUGUUACGCUGCUUGAUGUGGUGUCGGAUUACAUGUUAAUGCUGUCAAACGCCUGUAAAUUCAACGAAACGGAUUCGGAUAUCUAUAAAGAGGCGGUGUCUCUUCAGAAGGCUUUGCUGGAAAUGAAGAGAGAAUUGGAUACCGGAGAGGACGCCCCAAGGGUUCAAGUGGAGUUGAGAACUAUAUUCACGAGUAUAUUCGCUUCGUUAUUCGCGAAAAAAGAUGAAUCCGGACGGUGCUAUGCGGAUGAUUUGACAGAGUUCACUGAGGUUCUGAAGGCUAACGGCGUGCCCCCUGCCGAGUGGCCGUACACGUUGGAUCAGAUUAAGAUGAAUAUAGACAAGUGUAGAUAUCGACGACUUGAUAAACUACAAAAAGACUUUUUCGAUUUGUUUGAACGGGCGAGAGAACUGUCGAAAGUUGGUUCGAGAAUGUAUGAAGCUGCUUGCUUCCUACAGAAAGCGUUCUGUGUGGAGAGAGAUUCCCGGUGUAAAGAUGUGAUACACUCGAAUUCGUAUUCGGUUAUAGAGAAGGAUAUUGAUGAGGCGAUUGAGAAGGAACGGGCGGUCAAGGCCAAGGAGGAGCAUGAUGAGGAUGGGGGCAACUCGGGAGGAGCUAGUGGAAGACCGGCGCCGAUUAAGAGAAAUGAAAGCGAAGUAGAAAUGGAGGAUAUCGAAAUCGAGGGCUCAAAAUACUCGGCUCCAUGCUACGCGUACAUUUCGCGUACCGACGAGAAGAAAACGCCUCUUCAUAUCUUCCGAAUCGAGCGAACUUUCAAAGAUGAACACGGCGAGAAAGCGGUUUCAGGUCAUUGGGUAUAUCGACCAGAGGAGACUUUACACUUGGCGAAUCGAAAAUUUAUGAAACAAGAGGUUUUCAUUACUCCAUUCCGUGAUACUCUUCUAGCUGACCGUCUACGUGGAUUGUGUUGCGUCGUGUCACUCGCCACGUUCUCCACGAAGAUUCUGACGGAUUUCUCCGAAGAGGACGUCUAUUUGUGUGAAUAUAAAUAUCACGGAAAACCAAAGUAUUUCUCGAAACUGAGAUCAUGGCCGUUUGCAUCAGAAGACGAGGAGUUGGAAUUCACGAAACGACAGAAAACAAUGACUCCCAAGAGAAUUCUGACGGCGGCGGAUUCAGAAGGCAAUUCUGGAAAAGAUGAAGAAGACGUCGUUGAGGAUGAGGAGGAGAAUGAAGAGGAUCGAGCACGGUUGGAAGUUGCUUUGGAUAUUGAUAGAUAUGAAUUCGAAGCCUCAAAGGAAGACAAGAAGACGUUUUACCAACAGAUUCGUAGUGCCACUGGAAAAUUCUACUGGUUGGGACAGUUUGUGUUGGUAUUCAAUCCACUCAAACCGUUGUGUGAUGUGAUGCGCAUUAAUAAGAUUUGGAGAGAUGAGGACGGCAUCGAAUGGUUCUCCGGCUGUUGGUUCGCCCGCCCAUCUGAAACCAUCCACGACGAGGGACGCCUAUUCUUCCAGAAUGAGGUUAUCGGUGUCUAUCGGAAUGAUGAGACGAGAAAGUUGUGCGAAAUUCAACGAGUUUGUGAUGUGAUGCCAGCCAAGACUUAUGUUAAACAACGCCAAACGGAAAUAUCAGAAUGCGACGUUUUCGUGUGUGAAACUAUGGUCAACGGAAGCGCUGACGCUCCAGAAGACUGUUCUUUACUCGGUUUUCCGAUGACGACGGACGAAUUCACAGAGACACAAACUAUGAAUUUGGACUAUUCGAAAGCGAUGAGAAAGAUGAAGACGUACAAACUGAACGUGUCGAUUCCGAAUGAAGAAGUGCUCUUCUACAAACAAGCAAUAAAAAUGGAAAAAGAGCUCUCACCACUUCUCAAAGGCGACGGAUCGAUGCCCCUCGACCAUCUCGACGAAAUGAUGGACGACGACACAGACGGAAGUGAAUCCGUCACGUCAAGCAUACACCCAGCAGGACGUCAUCUGAAGGAGGAGACGCCGGCUCCAUCGACGACGGCGACACCUUCUGUAUCCUCACCGCCCGUGUCGUCUGUGCCACAGGAUACACCGAUUAUGACACCGAAAGUUGUCAAAAGUAAAUCCGGAUACAUUUUAUUCUCUGCAGAAGUUCGUAAACGAAUUAUGCAUGAGAAUCCGGACGCAGGAUUCGGUGAAGUGUCGAAAAUAGUUGGAAUAGAGUGGAAAAAGUUGUCGGAAGAGCAAAAGAAGCAUUACGAGAUGCGUGCGGAAGUGGUCGCUGUCGAGAAAGCGAAACAGGAUGCGAUCAAAGCGACACAAGCGAUGACACUGGCGCCCGGACAGAUUCGAAUCUUCCAGUGUAAAUGGGCGGCGUGCGAUUUUCAGUACGAAUCGGAGCCCGCGCUUCUGGAACAUGUUAUACAACAUCAUACGAGUCAAAUCAUCAUGGACAGUGACCAACAAUUCGUUUGCAUGUGGAUGACGUGUCUUCGUAAUCGAAAAGACGGAAAACCAUUCCCCUCGCUGCCACGUCUUCAUCGUCACAUCAAGGAGAAGCAUAUGCCAGUCUCGGCACGAAAUGUCUACAGUAAUCAACUGUGCAAGAAUUUCUUCAAAGUGAUUCAAACGCCUGGAGACACGGCGCCACGUGUUGUCGCCGCGCCCUACGGACAAAUUCAACCGAAUGCGCCGCCCGGAGGACAACAGAACGGAGGACAGAUUCCAUCACAAAAUGGAAUAAAUGGGAAUCAGAAUGGAGGAGGACAACACCAUCAGAUUCAUCCACAACAACAAAUGCAACAACAUCAUGAUCCACACAUGCAACAACAUUAUCAGCCCGGACCACCUCAACCACACCAAUCGAUGGGACCACCGCAACAACCAAUGCAAAAUGGAAUGUAUCAGCAACAGGGACCAUCGAAUCCUCAACAAUUCCAUCAGGUAUCUCAUCAACAAAUGCAACAAGGAGGACAACAUCAUCCACAACAACAACUGAUGCAACAAGUCGUUCAACAACAGAUUCCAGACGUCGGACGGACUGUUGUGAGGGCGGCAAUUCCCGCGUUCGUCGCGCCGCCCAAUCAGAUUCAUUCGAAGAGAGUUCUCCAUUCGGAAGCGUAUUUGAAAUAUAUCGAAUCGCUCGCUCAAAACCGACAGAAAUCGGUGAGUCGAUGGGAACGAAGUCUCGCCGCCACCCACCGUAACACGCAGCCAUCGAAUGGAACUGUCCGGCCGCCAGCUCACUGGAUUCGGCGCACGGAAGCGGGCCGCCCUGUCGCCCGAGAAGAAGACGUGACGAAGGCGUUGUGGAAACUUCGCGACGAAUUGCUGAAAAGUACGUGUGGAUUGGUGAUCGAUCGACCGACACUCUAA